CGGGCUUUAUCAUCAAAACCCUUGAGGUAGCCUUUCCUGGAUUGUCGUGAUUGUCCCAAGUCUACAAAUUAUCCCGCUCUCUUCGCGGCCGACAUUCAACAGUAGCGUGUGACCGACUCAGGGUUGCGAUGUGGCGUUGCUCCUUGAGAAGGCAGACGACGAAAUCACAGAAAGGAGUUCCGAUCUUGUAGGACUGCUUCUCGAGAAGAAGUGAAAGGGGGCCCACCACUGCUACGACCCCUACUUUCACAUCGCUGCAGCUAUCCUCUUUAGACAACACAAGUCGCCAGAAAUAAAGCCUUCUAUCCAGCAAUGCUUGGGAUUGAAGGCCUCUCUGACGCCUCCUUCCGUGGCGACGAGCGCUGGAGAAGAGCAUCAAAAUGGACAGGCUAUGCACCGUGGUUUGUACUUGCGAUCGGCCUUCUGAGCAUGGCCGAGAUUGCACUUGGUGCGGUAUGGAUCGCUUCGCUGACCACCGACCUGAACUUCGGCCAAGUCAUUCAGCCUAUCCUCAUCCCAGGGCUGGCCUUCUUUAAUGCCAUCCCUUCUCUCCACUUACACGUGCUCGCCCGGGUCAAUCCACCUCGACUGGCAUUGUGGUUCUCCACAACACUAUCAAUCAUCCAUUUUGUCAGCUCUAUCCUCUUCAUGGGCGCCUGCGUUGGAAAUCACCCUCACGGGUCGCUGCAACGCAAUGAAUGCCCGUCGGCCACCGGUGGGAAUGAAAGUAUUUGGGAUGUCAUGGUUGCACUGCAGUUUAUUAGCGCGGUGCUAUACGGCGCGGUUGCAGCCAUGGCUUGGAAAGUCAGAACAGUGGUCGAGGCGAGGGAUGAGAGGAUUGCUCAAGGCGUGGAAAUGGUAAGCGAGGAAGAGAAGCAGAGAAGGGAGAGCGAGGCGAGGGAGAGGUGGAAGUAUCUUUCUGCAGGUUGAGGAGAGGAAGUUGCAUGGGUUUUCUUUCCUGGUCGUGGAGCCCGGCAUACCCCGGCAUUGCAGAGGAGCUUUAGAUGUCAAUGUCGGUUCACGAUACACAUGAUUGCGGUGUUAGAGUCGGUGGGAUCUUUGUACUUUACUCGUACUUUGUGGUAGGAGUCAAUUUUGUCGGAGUUGGAGCACAAGAGUGUGUGAGUAAUACAGCGGAAAUGUGAGGGGAGCAUAAUAGAGCACCAGGAACAUGGUCAUCAAAG